UGUCCUUGCUUCUGUGCUUGGGGAGACCCACAGGCCCCUAAGAGGGGUCCUUGUUUGGUUUCAGGAGCAGCACGUGCAAAGGCCCUGGGGUGGGAGGGGCGCGAUGUGAGGCCACAGCAGUGGGUGAGGGCCAGGCUGCCGAGGGCUUUGGGGACCACGAAGGUGGGCUCUUCAGAGGUCAGGCAGGGUCAGGAAAGGCAGUGAGGAGGCCCCAGACAGCGGCCACUGUGGGUGCUGCCAUCUGGAAGAUAGGCAGCUGCAGGAGCCUGGCUGUUCAGGGUCACACUUCUCUCCCUGUCCCGGCCCCAUCUGCCAGGUGUCCUUCCUUGGAGCCCUUGACGGCACCUGAGCCCGUCCUCCCCAUCCCCAGAAACUUUGGUGGUUGUGUCCCCCCUUGGGGCCCAACAAUCUCAUUAGCGUGGCACUGAGACGCCUAAUCAGCUCACGAAGCAGCAAGAUAAAUGCCCGGGCUGGCACCCUGCGGAGGAAGGCCCGGCACUCAUAGCAUGGACCCCUGAGACCUACCCUGCACUUGAUUGCAGCAGGAGGGAGUCCAGGAUCCAGGGUUGCCACGGUGUCUCCAUCAGCCUCGCCAUGAACCUGGAGCCGCCCAAGGCUGAGUUCCGGUCAGCCACCAGGGUGGUCGGGGGACCUGUCACCCCCAGGAAAGGACCCCCUAAAUUUAAGCAGCGACAAACCAGGCAGUUCAAGAGCAAGCCCCCAAAGAAAGGCGUCCAAGGGUUUGGGGAUGACAUCCCUGGAAUGGAAGGCCUGGGAACAGACAUCACGGUCAUCUGCCCUUGGGAGGCCUUCAACCACCUGGAGCUGCACGAGCUGGCCCAAUAUGGCAUCAUCUAGCACCAGGCCCUGCUGAGGUCCAGACCCUCCCCCUCCUGCCCUCUCUGCUCUAAACCCUGCUCAGGAUUCCUGUUGAGAAGUCCCCCUAGCCCAGAUGGCACCUGGACACCAGUGUGGGAUUGUGUCCUCAGGUCCCCCCCUACAUAUUAAUACCAGUCACCAGGAGCCCACCACCUCCCUCCAGGAUGCCCCCUCAGGGGCUGGCCAGGCCCUGCUCAACACUGGGCCCACCCCCAGUCCUGCCCGCAGAGAGGCUUGGCGAGUCUCCCCUCCCAGGGAGAACGGGAAGUGGACCCCAGCCCGGGAGCCUGCUGGACCCCAGUUCAUCCCCUCCUCCCAGCUGGAAAGCCAGGGCAGGGUGUCCCCAGAGUGCCUCUGCACCCCAGCCCCCUGUCCUGCCUCUAUGGGGGUGCAGAGAAGCUCCCUCUCUCUGCAUCCCUUCCCAGGUAGGUGCCCUUGGUUUGGAAACGCUGGGUAGCAGGACUCCAGGUGUGUACAGUGAGCAGAUGAGGCCCCACGCUCAUCACGCCAGGGGGCCAUCCUUCUCAAUACAGCCCGCCCUUGCAGUCCCUAUUUCAAAAUAAAAUUAGUGUGCCCUCGCC